AUGCCAGGUCAAAUCUCGGAUGGCUUGCAACAUGGCAAGCAGUGGCUCACCUCGACUGCAGGCGCACCUGUUCGAGCAACGUACGAUUUUCUUUUCCCGCCGCUUGAUGAGCUCUUUCAGGAUGAUACAGCCAAGACAAGAGCAGCAGCUCGAAGCACCAGCUCGUCUGCCUCCCCAACCGACGAAUCAUUCGAACAACACGAGGUAUGGGAUACGUUCUCCGAGAGUCCCUGGAGCUUUGUCACCAGUCGCUACGCGGUUGCGCUAGCGAUUGUAGCGAUCGUCAACAAUCGGGUUCAGCAUAUCUGUCGGCCACGCGGUGGUGCAACAGCACGACUUUCGCAAGUACAACGAAUUGCACUUCGCUUGCCGAGUCUGGUGCUGCUAGCUCGUUCGGUUCUCAUUUUGACCACCGUCGUGGCGGACGCAUUUCUGGCGGAAUCGAAUCCAGUCAACACGGUACUGCGGAGCUGCACAACAUCGACAUGGAGAGAUGCAUGGCUUGGAAACAUGCGCAUAUCAGGCUGGGCUUCCGACUGGUUCGGCUCGACUAGCAGAGACGACAUACUUCGAGCAAGAGACGCAUCAGCGCUGUGGGCAGCGUUCACUUCCACCUGUGUCGCCGUGAUUAGCGAUACGAUGGUGCGCAACCUCGAUGCGGAGCGUGAAGAGCCGCCCGCAUUCAACUUGGUCGGCUUUGCUUUCCUGCUCCACUUUCAUUCCUUCUCGCCAGAAACACGCGCGAACGAACACGUUUACCUCUGCAUCUUGCUGCAGAUGCUCCAAAUCUUGACAAUAGCAUUGUCGCGGUGUGGGCGACCGGUGUACGCGCGACGCCUCGUGAUUUCGAGCGUGUUUGGCAUCGCUUCGCUCCUCCAUUAUGCACUGGCUGCAAAGUCGGGUCGAUAUCCUUUCCUGGAAGCACUCAGUCGCACGCCAGAGAUAGCGCUCGUACUGGUGAUCUUGCUGACCGUGACGCUUCAUGCGCUUACAAUGCUGUUGUUGGAAGGCGAGAUUCAGACACAUCGUCUUUUGUUCUCGCGCUCAAACCUGCCUUCACUCGAUGAAGAUUGGUCAUUGGCCUUGUUCAAGCUGGGGACCGCAUGUAUGGAGUCGACACGCCUGACCGGGUUGGAGCGCCAAGUGGAGCCACUGGUUGCCUGGGAUUCACCGUACAUCGAGCUGGGACGCAAUGGACGUAUCGAGCUGGUUGAUCCGCUCGCAUCUCGUACCUCUGCUGCGCUUUUCGACCGAUCCAGCUCUUGGUCUGCUUCCGGCAGCGCCGGCAGUGCGGUUGGCGGCGGCCUCUCGCGCGAAGUCAAACAAGUGCGCAUCGAGCCAAGCGUGCACGGCGGCUCUUCUGCAUUGGAACAUGCCGGACUGGCACGCAUUCGAGCGCUGCUUCACUUGGCCACGGUGACACUGCUCGUAGCUCGUAGUAUCGCAGUGAUCGGGCUGCGCAAGGUGUUGCGUGCAGUGGGUCUGCCGGACCCCAGCGUGCCAAGCUGGGUGUACCGAGCAUUGCGCUUGGUGAGACUCGUCUGGCAUGGACAGAAUGGAGAGGCACGCAGGAGGCAAAGACAAGCUGCAGAGCGACAGCGAAUCCAACAAGAGCAGCAACAUCGGUCUCGUGCUCAGCAGCAGCGAGACGAGCAAAUGCAGCAAUGCACAGCAUCAUGGUCGCAGGCUGCGACGACAGGCGCGACUAGUUCAGCGAGGUCUAUGGCGGCGAUGUCACCGAGGUGUGUGGCGCAAGAGACCGAUGCUGGACAUGCACAUGCGCAGAAUAGCGCAUUGGAUUGGCAGCGAUUUGGAGCGGGAUGUGGAGUGCACGAUGAGAGGUGGCAGAGUGAGAGUGACGAAUCGGACAAUGACUAUGACGAUACGAUCAGGUACGAGGAUGAUGAUUCGGAAGCUGACCAAGUGGAGUCGGAUGUAGAAGUACCGGUGUCAGCGCACUCGGUGGAGCGCGAUGAGGUAUCUGGACUAUUGGCAGAGCUCGAGUCGUUUGCGGCGUCCGGCGACGGUAUCGACCGCAACGGUGGCGAGCUUACGCGCGCUCGGAAUGAGGCGUUUAACCAGUUGCUGCUUGCACACCUUACACGUGCGCAGUGGCAACCGCCUUUGACGCGAUCACGCUACUCGCACCUGCUCUCGUCGCAUCCCAUCUCACAAGCGGACAUCCACCUCGCACAUUCACUCCACCACCGUCGAUCGCGCACCCCGACAACCACCGACAUCACGCCCCGUCUCUGCGUCGUCUGCUGCGCCCAAGAACGCUCCGUGAUCUGCUGGCCCUGUCGCUGCCUCUCCCUCUGCAUGGACUGCAGAGAACAUCUCGCUUCCUUCCCCCCCACCCAUCCCUCCCCAAACCCAUCCCACCUCUGCCCCACCUGCAGAACCCCCGUCCAGGCUUUCAGCAGACUCUACAUUCCCUAG